GAAACAUUUAUAUUGAUCUGAGCGAACUGCAAUCAGAUCCAUUGACUAAGGUUUUGGUAGCGAAUUUUAUAGAUAGGAAGAAAAAAAAUGUUAUACACUAAAGUUGGCAUCUAGGUUCUCUGACGUAGAUUAAUGAUGGGCUAAGUUAAUUGGUCAAUGUUUUGUACCCAAAACAUUGUAUCUAAAAAAUGUCCUCCUCGAGGAGAUUUCUUGGCAUCUAGGGUUUAUUCAGAAGCUACAACUGUGUGAAACUGUUUGCAGUUUUGGCGUGUAUAAUAAUCCCAUGGGAUUCUUGCUAGUUUCAACCCCUGCAUGUCAUCGACUGGUUUUUCUGUUAGUCGAAGUCUCUUGGGAUAUUUCGAGGGGGUAAUUACGUUGUUUUACAAUCCACGUGGAAUCCUAGCUGUUGAAACCAUUUCAAACUUGGGAAUUAUGUACUAUGUUUUCCUAAGUGGAUUAGAGAUGAAUUCAGACACCAUCUUAAGAUCAAGAAAGAAAGGCACUAGCAUGGCAAUUGCUGGCAUUGUGACAUCAAUGUUAUUUGGUGUUGGAUUUCUUACUCUGCAACAAAAACUUCUAGAUAAAAAAGAAAAAACUCAUAUUAAAGCUUAUCUAUUUUGGUGUUUAACACUUUCUGUCACAGGCUUCCCCGUCCUUGCUAGAAUUCUUGCUAAGCUUAAGCUUUUGUAUACAAAGCUUGGAAAGGAUACAUUAACAGCAGCUAUGUUAACUGAUGCAUAUGGUUGGGUUUUGUUUACAUUGUUGAUUCCUGCUGCUAAUAAUUGGGGAGAAGGUUAUUAUCUCUCAGUAAUCACUACCUUUUUGUUCAUAGCUUUUUGUUUUACUGUGGUGAGACCUAUCCUUACUCCAAUCAUUGAAAACCGAACAAAUAAGAACAUGUGGCGCAAGUCACAUAUGUUGGACGUAUUUAUAGGAUUGUUUAUUUGUUCGUAUAUUACGGAUUUUCUUGGUACGCAUCCUAUUGUUGGAGCUUUUGUGUUCGGAUUGAUUUUGCCUCAUGGAAAGUUUGCUGAUAUGGUUAUGGAAAUGUCAGAUGACUUUGUUACUGGUAUUCUGUGUCCUGUUUACUUUUCUGGAUUUGGUUUUAAACUCGACUUGCCAGUACUUUGGAACACACCAAAUUCAGUUUUAAUGAUGCUUAUUAUGGUUUUGUUAUGCAUACCAAAAGUUUUGAGCUCUUUGAUUGUCACUUUCUUCUUCGGUAUGCCUGCUCGAGAUGGCCUUUCCAUUGGUUUGCUUCUCAACACCAAGGGUGUCAUGGCCGUCAUACUACAAAAUGUUGCUUGGGACAAACGGUUUUUGGAUCCAUGUUCUUUCAUGGUUAUGACGCUUGCUAUUAUAUUGAUGACAGUGAUAGUCUCUCCCUUAAUAAAUGCCAUAUACAAACCAAAAUUCCGAUUCAUGCAAUCGCAAUUAAGAACCGUGCAAAAGCUGAGGUUUGAUAUGGAGCUUCGAGUCGUCGCUUGUGUCCACAAUGCUAAACAUGCCACUAACAUAAUCCAUGUCCUUGAAGCCACAAAUGCUACCAGAAUUUCACCGGUACAUGUCUCUGCAGUUCACCUUCUUGAACUCACUAGACAUGGCACUGCUAUCCUUGUUUCCCAGAUGGCUGAUUUAAACAACAUAGCAGGCGCAGAAACAACCAACUAUGGCCCAAAAGCAGAGUUUGAGAUCAUAACUACUGCAUUUAAAGAAUUUGUAGAACAAUACAAUGCUGUUAGAUUUGACACAUCAAGUGUUGUCUCAUCCUAUACAACAAUCCAUGAGGACAUCUACAACGUAGCCGAAGAGAAACGUGCGAGCCUAAUUCUCCUUCCCUUUCACAAAGAGUACUCAACAGUAGGAGGUUCUCCAGAAAUAAGCCACAAUGAACAUUGUGAGAUAAACGAAAAUGUUCUUCAACACGCACCUUGUUCUGUAGGGAUCUUUGUGGACCGCGGACUAGGAUCGUUGUUAAAAACAAAAAUGCGCAUUAUAACCCUCUUCAUUGGAGGACCUGAUGACCGUGAAGCCUUGUCUAUCGCAUGGAGAAUGGCAGGGCAUUCAGGAACACAAUUACAUGUUGUGAGGAUCCAUUUGUUAGGUAAGGCUGCAGAAGAAAAGGUAUUGAAAAAGAAAAUAAGCAAGUCUCCUCAUGGAAUGUUGUCGACUGUUAUGGACGGUGUGAUGCAGAAAGAGUUGGAUGAAGAGUAUAUAUUUUCCUUCAGGCACAAGGCAGUGAAUAAUAAUGAUUCAAUUGUUUACUUAGAAAAAGAAGUGCAUUCGGAUACCGGUGAAGAGAUUCCAACACUUCUUAAUGAGAUUGAUAAACCUGGAUAUGAUUUGUACAUUGUUGGACAAGGCAGUGGUAAGAACAAGACGAUCUUUUCGAAGUUGUUGGAGUGGUGUGACCAUCCUGAACUUGGUGUUAUAGGUGACAUAUUAGCUUCAACUAGCUUUGGUACACACUCUUCUGUGCUUAUUGUGCAGCAGUACAUGGUUGGGAGAAAACGUGUUGUUUAUAAAUGUCAUAAUGAAAUGAAAAAUAGUCCUGAGGUAUUGUAAAUGAUUGAUCAAUAAUAGU